AUGUUAACCCCAAGGCUCGAUUCGCUUGCUGACUGCUUGAACCACAGCCACCGAUGCCGCGUGCGGCAUCAGCGAUGCGAUAUCAGCUCCAACGACAGCUCGUGCUCCAGCUGUGAGAGAGCAGGCACGACCUGUCGAGGCGGCGGCCGUGAUGAGCUGCAGAUUCGCUUCAGCCAACUCGGGAAGAAGCCGCGCAAUCGGUCGAGCAAACAUUCUACUAAGACAAAGGUCCCGAAGUUACACGUGACCAAGGAGCCGGAUACCUCCGUAUCUAAUGACAGCACCCAGGGUAGUGUUGCGCUCGGCCCUGCAGCUUCUGGAGACACCGGCAAUCUGCUGCGCUCAGAACUGAUAGACCUCAUCACUCGUAAAUCCAAUCCUGGUAAUGCCUUGCCGCCGACGAAACACGUAUACGAAACGUCUUUGUCCAACCAAGACGCCGCCGUGGCCGAGGAAAGCAAUCAAAUAGCAGCUGAUGACGUGAUGAUCAGAGCAGACGUGGCGGUCGAGUCACCGAAUCCACGCCGUAUCGAGUCGCAUAAUUACCAGGGCGAAGGUGACUAUCCUGCCUUGGACCAUACAGGUACAGGACUGCAUACACACUUCUGUGUUGGGCCAUUAAGGAAUACUUCUGCUGUUACGAAGGAGAGCUCGAACCUACAAACUUUGUGGCCGUUGCAGACCCAAGAAGCGCAGUUAAUCAAGUAUUUUCUCACAGUCCUGGUCGGUUGGUUCGAUUAUUGUGACCCUCACACAAGUUUCAAGACUCAUGUGCAAUCUGCCAUCACGACAGAUGCCACGAUUCUGUACGCUGUAUUGGCCAUUUCUGCCAGGCAUCGAGAACUCACAAUGGGCAUCGGAAAUCAUAAGGGAUGGGUUUUUGGCGUCAGCGAUGCUAUUGCGACUUUUAGAGGAAAUGACAGCAUCGCUGUGCACGCGGUCUCAGCACCCGUCAUCUUACGCAUCAAGCAGGGCAACAUUGAGACUAGCAGCUUCAGCCACGCAGCCAUUAUUGUCGCCCUCCGCCAAGAAAUCUUCGUCGCGAACAUGACCAUGCGCCCGAUUGUGGAGGGUAUAAUGGACUAUUGUAAUAACGACUGUAAUGUGGCCACCGGCUCGAAGCCGAAUUCCGAGGCCAUCUGGACCCAUCGAAUAAUUGUCCACGCCGCUCGAGUAACAAAUUAUACGUACACAAAAAAGCCCAAGGACGUUGCUGAGUGGGAUCGGCUGCAUCAAUAUCUACACGAGUGGAACACAAGUAAGCCUGCUUCUUUCGAGCCUAUCAACCAUGUCUUUGAUAAGAACUUCCGUUUGCGGGUCGACGAAGACCAGUGGGGAGCCGGAGUGACAGAAAGCUCUGGUCAUGCUCUCCCACUCAUUUAUUACUCUCACGACUGCCCUGUUGCUGCCCAGCAGUACCUGCAAUUAUGUCGCAUAUUGCUUUUGAGUCAUGAUCCUCGAGCACCACCAAGAUUAGGUUUGGGGCGCGCUUGUUUAAUACAAGCACAGGAAAAUGAAAUACGAAACUCGGUGCGAAUCAUUUGUGGCAUCGCACAGUCAAAUCCGGAAUAUAUGCCGGCACGGUUGACUGUCGGCAUGGUUAUCGCCAUGUGUGGCGAACUAUUUAGCGAUUCUACAGAAACAACUCAGCUUCUACGAAUGGUGACUGAGGCAGAAAUGCACCUGGGUUGGCCAUGUUUGAAGGUCAGAGACCGACUCAAAAGUUUCUGGGAUCUUUAG